AUGCUGCGACAGUGCAACCAGGCCAUCGUGGAUCGCGCAGAACAGGAGGAGGAGGCCGGAAGCAAUGGAGCUGGCCAGUGGUCGGAUGACAGCGAUGUCUCGGAGGACGAGCUGAACGACAUCGUGACGGAGAUGACGGCCGUCACAUCCAGAAUGGCGGCGCAAGCGCAGUACUUCCAAGAGGAGGGUGCUGGGUCGGAAUGUCAGGACAGGAAGAAGCAAGCCACCAGCAUUGCGGUCAAGACAUCCAAGGUCCAGCCUGACAUGCUGCAUGUCGUGCUGGUCGUCGAUGCCAGUCUGAGCAUGGGAACAGAGGACAUUGAAGUCUUGCAAAUGCAGAAGGGCUCGAAAGUGAUGUUGCCAGCAAGCAUUCGCCGCAUUGAUGCGGUGUUCAGCUCCUGCCGUGCAUUCCUGCAUGCGCAUCAAGACGCAAACGGAUUGGGGGCGGAUGUGUUCAGCUUGGUCAUCUUUAAUAGCAAGGCCCAGGUGGUUUUCGCGAGGCUGCCGAAGAAGGCCGCCGACAACCAGUUGAAGAACCUGGCCCGCAAGGUGGCGCCAAAGCACGAGACUAAGUUUCUGACGGCCUUCCGAGCAGUCAGCAAUCUUCUUGGUACGCAGCACUUCUGGGAAGAUGUGCGCGUGGUCUUGCUGUCGGACGGCAAGCCGUAUGAGAAGCACACUGUCCCUCAACUCUUCGAGAAGCAGUUGCUGAACACGAGCCCUGUACAGGUGGCUCAAAGCUUCGAGGUCCACGCCGUCGGUUUCGGGUCUGAACCGGACGACUGGUCGAACCUCCGCCACAUGGCAGAGAUGACCCGGGGGACUUUCCAACGGGCCUCUUUGGACCAGCUGGCCCUCAGAGAGGCCUUCACCUCCAUCGCGGCAACCAUCACGGUCACGUCGGCCUCUGGCUCAGGCGAUGCUGGAGCAGGGGCCACGGGAACACCGGCAGUAGCCCCUUUGAAGAGCGCUGCUUUGCAGAUUCCCUUCGAUCCCCUCAUGGACGACAUGAAGAAGUGUACGCGCAAGUGCACGUUGAUCAAGCACAGCUUCAAACAGACCACUAGAUUCAGCAAGCGGACGCCGGAGGAUGCGGAGGCGAUCAAGGGCACAGGCUGUGAUGUGAGCAUCGACACCACGGCCUUGGACUUCGGAGGCAUGCGGGUUGUGUACCGCAUGGACGACUCAUCCAAGUUGAACGCAGGUUUGAAGAUGGUGGCUAAACGUCUCAUCAAGGAGCCACAUGCUUGCAAGGAGGACAUCCUUCCAUUCUGCCGGUGCACUAGCUUAGCCAUCAAGAUGCGUACAAGUUUCAUGAGUGUUGCCAAGAGCAGAAAAGUUAACAUUUCGCACGAUAUUUGGUUCGUUCCCUGUUACUUGUAUGAAUACACCUCGUGCCGGAGAGACCUGGCAUAUUUCCUUGGUGAGCAACAGCUUGAAGGCAGGUUCAUCAAGUUCAACGGAAACAACGGCUAUGUGAAACUCGACGAGGAAUGCAGCGAGCUUCUGCAAGCCUUCAGCCAUUACACAUUCGUCAGGAGCAGAGGUUCUGUUAUGGUCGUGGACCUCCAGGGAGUUGUAGACGGGAACACGGUUCUGCUUACCGACCCCCAAGUGCAUUCGCGCCACAAGAAGGUCGAGUAUGGGAAAGGUGACCUGCGCUUCGACGGCUUCAAGAGGUUCUUUGAAAGCCAUUGCUGCGGAGAGACAUGCCAUGCACUCGCCCUGCCUGGCCAACAGCAAGAGCUUCUAAGAAGCAUGCAGCUGGAGAAGGACCGCCGGUGCCAGAUCUGCAUGGAUGCGCCUUCCAAGACAGUUCUUGAGCCUUGCGGGCAUUCCGCAGUGUGCAAGACGUGCGCCAUCACGCUCUUCGAAGCUCCGACACCCUCCUGCCCAAUCUGCCGGCAGCCAGUGGAAGAAUAUCACACAGGCGUCUACAGCACGACCUAUGUGCCGCCACGCCGGCGCGGCUGA